AUGUCCCAGCAACCUCCCCAACUGAAGGACUGGACCUCUGGAGCCUCAGAGUUCUGGGCUCUGGAUCCCACUCUGAGGCACAGAGACACACAAUAUCCAGUAAUCUCUUUCGAUAGCGAAAUACAGAAUCCACGAGUCCUUGUACUUUGCUUGUCGCAGUAUGGAGCUUGGGAAAGCUCAAACAUUCACACUAUCGAUACACUGAGCGACCACCUCAAAGAACCGAGAUCAACAUCCAGGAAUCGUACUAUUUAUGUCGUUGAAGGGCUGACACCAAAGGUCGUUGAGAUAUUACGAUCCCAUUUCUCUAUCGAGCCAUCUUUCUUCAUGCGACAUGAGCGGCCCGUAGUCUACACCUCAAAGCACAACAGGUUCCAUGACACAGUGAGGCUGCCCUCGCAGCUCGACCUUGAAGACAACUUUCAGAUCAAGUACUACGAGAUGCUUCAUUUGAGUCAACAACCUACUAGUUUCUACAUGCAUUGCGCUAGAACUGCACGACACAUUGGCAUCACAAGACUAAGCGGAAAAUAUCAGCAUACCGCCAUCGCCCGUCGCAAAUGUUCGUUUUGGUCACAGAGGUGCUCAGGAGAUGCAUGGAAUGCGAUAAUAUUAUGCGAUCCACCCAUCGAACGGGUUUGGAUCGGUGCGCCUGAAGACCGCGUUGAGAUGAAGUCUGUCUCAACUGAACCCUUUCAAGGUGGCUAUCCAAGUUUCAUCAAGAACUCUGCGAUGUCUACAAAACCAACGCAAGGGCCGCCAAGGACCUCAAUGUUUGAUGAUUUGGCAUUUUACUUCAAACAUCACUCCGACCUCCUGCACGAUGCCGACGAUCCCCAGACCGCGUCAUACUUCAUGAGGAAGAUCGCAGCUUCUCAUUACAUGCAAGUCGUAGCAUAUACAGCAUCCAUACUAUCGAAUAGACACUGGUCUUUAUCACGCCGUGACUCUUUAAAAGAGCUGGAACGGUUCACAGAAAUUGAGAAAGAAUGGAGUGACCUUCAAGGACUCCAUCGUCGUUGCUGUGAAUACAUUGAGGACACCGAGGCUGCAUUGCUCAACCUAGGCAUCCCAAUGUCUCGUCCUGAGCGCUCUCUCAGAAUGUGGGAUGAUGACGCCGACUUCCAGUACAUUUACAUGCGCUUCAACGACUGCAAGGCUCGUACAGAGGUGAUGAUCAACUCAAUCACAGGCCUUGCCAGCAUGUCUGGCACCAGGCAGGCCUUGAUUGAAGCCCAGAGGUCCCUGCGUGCAACGAAGGGCGGGAGGACGCUCAGUUUCAUCGGCUUGUUAUUCAUACCUCUCGCCUAUGUUGCUGGGAUCUUCAGCAUGCCUGGCACUUUUGCUCCCGGAUCGAGUGACUUUGGGAAGUACUGGGAGGUGGCGGCACCUCUUGCGCUGGGCAUCUUUCUGCUAGCGACAUUGCUAGAGCUGGGAUAUGAUGACGCUGCUAAAUGGAGUCCGUCGACGUUUGCUGAGAACUCUGGAUACAAUCGGAUGAGAGGCGGCGGAGGCAGCCAAGAACUGGGGAGAACUAGCAUUGGUAAGACAAAUGGCACGGUUUGA